AGUGCAAAUCAAAGUAAAUUUCAAUUAUCGGAGGGCAACGAGGAAACGAUAUUAAUUGUGGGCCUCUAUGCUUAUUAGCGGUAUUCGCCUAACGUCGGCAAUUCAAAUAAGACAUUUAUUUAUGAGCCCAUUUGCCAUCACUCGCUCUUUCGUUCCCUACAUUCCCCACCCAGGGCCGGCUGUAAACAUUUUCGCCCAACUGACAGUCGACGCAUCGGUUGAAGUGUUUAUUAAAUAAGUUCGCAGCGAAUGUGCCGCAUGUUGCAGAACUGAAGUCUAGGGUAUUUCUGCCUAGCCAUGCUCGAGUGUGGCCCGUCGAACGAGUUGUCAGCCAAAGACAACGCCAGCAAAAUGUGCACCGACCUAUCAGCGGUUAUGGAUACAACUACAAAUACAACAAUAAUUACGGAGAAGAAUAGACAGCAUAGAAAGCGUCGACAGGGAACGACAUUCGAUGGGUCAGCUAACUGGAGGAACCGUUUGCUCUUGAUGGCUUCGGGAGUUUUGCUGAUGCUACUUGCGAGUUUGGAGCUCGUUGAGGGCGCGCUGCGGAACGUCAAUUUAAUCAUAGAACCACCGGCAGUCCGGCGUGGCCAGCAUGCUGUUCUGCGUUGCAUGUACGAUCUGAAGGGUGCACCACUCUACUCGGCAAAAUUUUAUCGCGGUCAAUUGGAAUUUUACCGAUAUACGCCCGGCGAGUUUCCCAACACAAAAGUGUUUCCAUUUCCGGGCAUACACGUGGAUGUAACUAGUUCUAAUGCCACCCAGGUGCUCAUACGCAACGUUGGCUUCGGCCUCUCUGGCAACUUUUCAUGCGAGGUUACCGCCGAUGCCCCUCUCUUCUCCACCGCCACCGCUGUGGGCCAAAUGCAAGUUGUGGAAUUGCCAGACAAGCGACCACAACUCUACACUGAACACACUCGCUACGAACCUGGCGAUGUCCUGCGCGCCAACUGUAGUACUCCGCCCUCGCGUCCACGUGCUGAGCUUAAGUUCACAAUCAACAAUAUGGUGGUCACCAAUGCCGAAACACAAUAUAUUCGCACAAUUGAUAAUCUGAUUGCAUCAAGGAUCUCGCUCAAGCUGCAACUGCAGGGCGUGCACUUUUCGAGCGCCAAUGCACCUGUCUACAAUGGUUACGGCUUGAACUCGGUGUACGGUGGCCACGGAGGUCCUAUGUAUGCGCCCAAUCCGGGUGGACUGGUGCUACGCUGCACUGCACAGAUCGGCGAGUUGUAUCAGGAGUACAAGGAAAUUGAAUUGGGCACGCCGCAAAAGGAUCCGGUGCCGGCUCGCGUUACGCUCUCAUCCGGCUCUAGCAUGAAAAACUUCUUCAGCACGUAUUUCUCCACAUCGGCGGCGUCGCGUCGCUUCGGCAUUGGAUACCACUUGGCGCCAGUCGCCAUGGCUGUGGCAGCAUUGCUUGUCAGCGGAGGCUCACUGCUCACCCAUAUGGGCCAGCUAAUUAUGCUAGGCGCCGAUAUCGUUGAUGUUGCUGCCUCUGCCGAUUCACUUGCAGUGGCCAGAAUAGUUUAUUCCAAUGGACAGAGAAACCGCAGCGACAGCUCCUUAAAGGCGCCAGUUGAGCCAAGACAGCAGCUUCCGAUAUCUCAGAGAUAACUAAAUUAAAUCCGCCACGGACUAGAUUGAUGGAAUGCAGCAGGCCGGGCCUACGACCGCGCCCAUUCCUUGUGUGUUACAAAUUAGUUAAUUAUUAAGUGAUUUGAACAUAUAUUUUAUACGCUAGUUAAUCGUAAAGGUGUGCAGAAUAUUUGGUUUGCCAGGUUACGGAAUUAGUUUUUGUAUUUCAAAUGAUUUUUAGUAGCAGCUCUAUAAUUUAUUCAAUACGAGUAUCUAACGAGUUAUUGUGUGUGCGUCAGCUAGCGAGCUAAAAACAAACUACAAUUAAGAGAAACAUUUAAAACUAGCAUAGUUUUAACAACAUAGCGUGAGAGCAUAAAUUAAAAAAAUAAAUGUUAAUGCAGAAAAAUGGAAAUAUAACACAGAUUAUAGAGCAGCCCACGCUCUUCAGUGUGCGUCAUAAAAUUAAAGACAAAAAACCAAAGGUACUAUAUGUGUUGCAAAACCAAAUUCAAAACAAAAGAAAAA